GCUCCACGUAUGCCUGGGCAACAUAACUUCAGUGAUCAAAUCUCUGGUCGUGGAGACAAGUCCCAGCUUCUCCUUCUCAAAUGGGCCCCGUCGCCUAGCGUCUAACCCCCAGAGCCAGGCUCCUGAGGACGUAUACGGUCGGAAUACAGGGUUUACAUCAUCUUAAGUCAAUCAAGGUUUGAAACAUGGCAGCCAUUCCAUCCAGUGGGUCACUCGUUGCAACACACGACUACUAUCGUAGACGACUGGGAUCUACCUCCAGUAAUAGCUCAUGUGGAAGCGUGGACUAUUCUGGGGAGGUCAUUCCUCACCACCCAGGUCUUCCAAAGUCCGAUCCUGGUCACUGGUGGGCCAGCUUCUUCUUUGGUAAACCGUCUUAUCCCGUCAUGACCACUGUUUCGGAAUCCCCUGAGAACUCAGGAAGCUUUCGCGUGACCAAUGGCCUUUUCCCCUGCGGCCUGGCUCAGGAGCCGGUGAGGAAGAACAAUGUCAGUGAGUCCAAGACUGACUCCAGCACCUAAGCCCCUCCAUGCAUUCCCCUCCUCACCGGGAAGACGCUGGGUGGCGGAGCCCAAUCCCCCUCCCCACCCCUUACCAAUAGGCUGCCCUUUCCAUAGCUUCAGUCACCAGUCCUGUUUUUUGUUUUUAAUGUCAACAUUUUUUUAAAGAAAUAAGCUGUUUUUAUUACAUUGGUAACACUGAAACAUUCUUAAUUGUUUGGUUCCCUGCCUUAACAUGUUAUGUUUUUUUUAUUUGUACUUCUGUAAUAAAGAUGGGCAGCCUUUAAAGCAAA